AUGCGUUUCUCAACUGCUUUGACUCUUGCGGCGGCCCUGAUGGGCGUCGACGCGUCCUGCGGGCGCGGCAGGCGGAUCUCCACUUAUCCCGUCGCUGGCGGACCUCCUGCAACUACCGCUCCGGCCACCACCGUUGCGGCACCGGUCCCGACUACGUCCCUGGUUCCCACCACAUUCGCGACGCUGACCAAGACCACCGAGGAGGCCCCGUCUCCCACCAGCGCCGCGCCCCCGGCGGCAACCACCAGUGCGCCUCCGUCCACCGGCCUCACCCAGGACCAGCAGAACGCACUCGAUGCGCACAACAGCGCCCGCAGCGAGAUCGGCUCCGCCGCCCUCGUCUGGGACUCGAGCCUUGCCGCCGAUGCCCAGGCAUGGGCCGAGCACCUUGUCUCCGUGGGCUCUCUCACCCACUCCGAUGUCUCGGGCCAGGGCGAGAACCUUUACAUGGGCUACGACAGCACGCCCCUCGUCAGCGCCGCCAACGGCUGGAUCGCUGAGAAGUCUAGCUACAACGGAGAGGCCAUCUCGUCGACCAACUACAUGAGCUUCGGCCACUACACCCAGGUUGUUUGGGGCUCGACGACCCACGUCGGUAUGGCCUCAGCCUCCGACUCUAGCGGUGCCGUCUACGUCGUCGCUCGCUACUCGCCCCCGGGUAACAUGAUUGGUGAGACCCCGUAA